GCUAUGCUACCUGACCUGACUGGAGGCAGUCUCGAGAUGCGAAAACCAAACAUCGCGAGAAAUCCCCAUCCAAGCCUGUGCUGUCGGCGUAAACUCUCGUGAGAUUUCCUCUCUGUCUCUCCGUGUCCAAAAUCGGCUGGUAUCAGCUCGCAAGACUCUAGAUUCUUUUUCUCAGCUAAAUAACCUUGUUUCUCAAGGCUUUCAGUUGUUGUUUUUUUACCUCAGUGGAUUGUUCCACACCAAGGACUCACAGCUUUCUGGAUUGUGAUUGGCUAGACGAAGCAAAACAUUGAAUCAUGGGGAAUAUUUUUGGCAAUCUGCUGAAGAGUCUGAUAGGGAAGAAAGAGAUGAGAAUUCUGAUGGUUGGAUUAGAUGCUGCUGGUAAAACCACCAUCCUUUACAAACUGAAGCUGGGAGAGAUCGUGACCACCAUCCCAACCAUUGGCUUUAACGUGGAGACAGUGGAGUACAAGAACAUCAGCUUCACUGUGUGGGAUGUGGGUGGCCAGGAUAAAAUCAGACCUCUCUGGAGACACUACUUUCAAAAUACACAGGGUCUUAUCUUUGUGGUUGACAGCAACGAUCGGGAGAGAGUUAACGAGGCGCGGGAGGAGUUAAUGAGGAUGCUAGCAGAAGACGAACUGCGUGAUGCUGUCCUUCUUGUCUUUGCAAACAAACAGGAUCUGCCAAACGCCAUGAAUGCAGCUGAGAUCACAGACAAACUCGGCCUCCAUUCGCUCCGCCAUCGCAACUGGUAUAUACAAGCGACCUGUGCGACCAGCGGCGACGGUCUGUACGAAGGGCUUGACUGGCUCGCCAAUCAGCUUAAGAAUAAGAAGUGAGGGGCGGGGAUUUUCAUUACGUGGCCGUCUCUCGAUUUGGGAAAGGGGUGGGACUAAUUUGGCCUUUGGAAUCAUUAUGUUUGGUUUCUUUUUGUUUAAUUUUUGUUAUUUUUUUGGUUGUAUUCUGGAAAAACACAGUAUGUGGUUUAUGGAGCCUUCUACGCUCUGUGUAAAUCAUUUGUAGGUUUGUACGCACAUUCACACGCAGAUCAAUAUUUCCUCUGUUGACUUUUCCAUUUCAGUGUAUGAAAAGUGUCGGUUUAUAUAUAUAUAUAUCAACAUUUAGUCAAUUUUAUCAUCUUUCCCUCACUCACUCGCUCACAUGUUUACAAUCAGUGAUCAGUGUUGUCCUUGACUGCCAUGAAAAAGAUUGUUGGGUCUAAGUGUGCUCAUGCAUUAUGUAAUAUGCUUAUGUAUUUCCUCUUAUUGUCGAAUUGCUCAGUAGAUGCGAUUAUGAUGCAGUUUGCCUCCUCACACACACAAUAUCAACAGUCUGCGAUCAUGGCCGUUUGUGAUUGCAUUAGAUACCCUGCUGUGUUUUGCAUGGCUCUUUCUCUCGGUGUGGUGUUAAGCGUUGUGGUGUAGUAGAGGUUAGAUCUGCAUGUGUGUGUUUAGUCACACGAAGAUGGUUGGUGUUGCAUGCUGCUUUGUGGCUGUGCUGUACAACAAAUGUCGCUUAUCACACAUCCCUCGCCUAAAUUGUGAGUCAAACGUGGUGAUGUUGGGUUGUCCACCAUAAUUCACAUUGAAGCGAAGCUGUAAAUAAAGCUUUUUCAAUCAAAUGCCCUUUUGUUGUAGAUUUGACUUGGCAAGUUGUUGCAUGGAUAUUGUUUUGUAUGAAUCACUAGCAUUGUCUGCAUGAUAUGCAUGCUGUGCUGUUAGUCCAAUAGAUAGAUAGAUAGAUAGAUAGAUAGAUAGAUAGAUAGAUAGAUAGAUAGAUUAGAUAGAUAGAUAGAUAGAUAGAUAGAUAGAUAGAUAGAUAGAUAGAUAGAUAGAUCGUGAAAUGCUGUUUAACACAGUCCUUUAUUAGUUGCUAUACUAAUUUGCCACCCUGACAUGAUUAGUAGAUUGUUAUGACACUAAACUGUUGCCUAUUUUUUGCUUUUGCUUUCAUAUUAGUGAACAGCAUAAAACAGCACACACACACAUGCAUUAAACCUCGGUAUGUCAGCGGUCUGCGGCAAACUGCGUAAUAACUGCAUAAUCUGCUUAUGUGUUUAUUUGCAUGUUUCAUGCUCAUAAUAUGUUUUGUGGGUUCAGACUAACAUAUCGCCCCCAACGAAUGUGAAUUUGUUGAAUCAGUGCAUACAUUUGGGCUUUAUACAUGGUGUUUUGGAUUAUUAUAGUUCAGAAAUGAGAAAAAUAUAUAGAUAUGUAUAUUUAAAGUAGGUUGUCUUUUUGUGUUUAACACUUUAUAUUCUAUAACAUAAUCUAUAUCUGUUUCAGACUACAAGGACAAAUGACAAAUCAAAUGCUAACCUAUUUAACCAUGUGAGCUAGUGUAAAUACAACAAAACUCUUAUACUGCAUUGCGUAUGUGUUGGUAAUCCAUCCAUCACACAGAAAUCUAACACUAACACAGUCUGUUUGUAAUUGUAUGUGUUCCUAGCAUUGUUUGCUAGUUUGCAUUUUUGGCAUUUUCCACUUAAUACCCAGCACCUUUACACUAAAACUCAUUGAUAUGACUCUUACGACUGUAUGAACAUUAUAAAAGGCAAGUCUUUUCAACCUAGGACAUUAUUCGAAUGGAGUCUUGUUUUAUUUUGAGCGCUGUAGCAUGUGGGUGAUGCAGGAACGGGAGAGUUACCAAAACAACUGUGCUAUUUAGCAAGACACUUAACCUCAAAUGAUCCAGUUUGGCUAUGGAACAUAAGCUUAGUUAGCUUAACACACUCUACAGUAAUAUUUCAGCAUAUAAUGCAAACAGUGAUAUGUCUGCAAGGCCAUUUCAACACAAGUCUGCAGUGUGAAUCGUCCAGUCUGUUAGGUUUUGUGGCCUUAUCUUCUUACAAAAGUGUGUUUUCACAAGGUUAUUUAUUAACUAAGUUAUUGGGUUGAUUGUUUUGUUUUAGUCGAUCUGGGAACAAAAGGGGAUUAAAAAUUUAAAAGCAUUUAUUCUUUGCAUCAAAUAGUUUGUGUGCUUAUUGAGUAACUAGGGUUGACUUUUUAGGAUGGUUUAAAGUUUGAUUUGAUCUUCUUCGAUAUUAUAUAUUAUUUAUGUAUUUAUUUUGGUGAGUGUUUUGGUGAAUGUGUUUUUACUUCUGUGUGCUUAUGCAUUUUCUUUGUUGAUUUUUUUACUGUGUUGGGUAAAUCAUUUGAAUGGCUUAUUCAGUGUCAGUGAACAUAAUCAAUGAAGGGGAAAACAGUUUCUCACUGAAUAAUUAAUCAAUGAAUAAAUAGAAUUUAGAAAUCAUGGAUGAAAUGUGUAAUUAUCUGUUACAGUAGAUUAAGAAAGAUUAUUGUUGAUUAUUAUGAUGUAGACACCAAAAUCUUUCUCUCCCUCCGAUUGCUGACUGUAACACUACACUCAAAUAAAAACAUGAAAAUUA